GGGUAUUUGACGUUUAUUCUUGGUAUAAUUCGAUUAGGAUUCUUAGAUUCUGUAUUAUCUCGUGCUCUUUUGCGUGGAUUUAUUUCUGCUGUGGCAAUUGUAAUUAUGAUCGAACAACUUUUGGUUAUGUUCAAGUUAUCUGAGACAGCUGCAAAGGAUGGAAUUGGUCACGCAUCGUCAUCAUUUAAAACUUUGUCUAUAUUAUUACACAUCUUGAUCAUGCUCAUAUAUUAA